AUGUCGAACCUCACUCCACUUUCGGCUCGUCAGACGCGUGUCGCCACAGGGGCGACACGUCGCCCGCUUCGACACGUCGCCCGCUUCGUGCCGUCUCGCCGGUCGAGCAUGGCAGAGCCGGAGAUCGCCCGAUGGCUGCCGGAGAUGCGGACCUUCGUGCUGGGAGGUGGUACCAGCGUCUCUUGGAGAUUGGAGCAACUGGAGCUCUUGCGAACCGUGCUCAUGGAAGAGAAGGAGGCGAUUCUACAGGCCUUGGAUGAAGAUCUGGGCACUGGCGCGGACGAAGGGCAAGGCAUCCUGCUUCAACUUUGUCCCAUUCUCAUGGACAUCAAGGAAGCCAUCAACGGCCUGGAAGCUUGGAGCAAACCCAAGGCCAUCCCCACACCUUUGGCCCUGCAGCCGGCCUCCUGCUACGUGCAAGCGCAACCGAAAGGGGUGAUCUUGGUGCUGAGCAGCUGGAACUAUCCACUGGUCGUCAUGAUCAACCCCUUUGUCAGCGCUCUGGCUGCUGGCAACGCCUGCAUUUUGAAGCCCUCGGAGCUGGCGCCCGCCAGCGCGCAGGUGAUGCAGCGGAUCUUUGGGCGAAUGGACCAGCGGGCAGUGCGCUGUGUCUUGGGAGGUGUGGACGUCUCAAAAAGCCUCAUCAGCAUGCCCUUCGAUCACAUCGCCUACACAGGCUCCGGGCGCGUGGGAAAGCUGAUCCUCCAGGCCGCGGCGCCCAAUUUGACCCCCGUCACGCUGGAGCUGGGAGGCAAAUCCCCUGUGAUCAUUUGUGGGGGCAUCAACAUCGAAGAAGCCUGUCGACGCAUCGUCGUGGGGAAGUUUUCCAACUCCGGACAGACCUGCAUCGCUCCCGACUAUGUGCUGGUGGAGCGUCAUGUGCGGGACGAGGUCGUCUCAAAGCUGAAGGACGUGACCCGGGAAAUGCUGGGGGAAGGCGCCGCGGCGGCGCAGAAGAUGACGCGCUUGGUGAGUGCCGAGGCCUCCGUGCGGCUCCACGCCAUGCUGCGCGAGAGCCACGGCGGCACCGUGGCCCUCGGCGGCGCGGCGGAGCUGCCGCAGGUGGCGCGGCCCGAGAAGUUCGUGCAGCCGACCAUCGUCGUGGACCCCAAGAAGGAGAGCGCCAUGAUGACGGAGGAGAUCUUUGGGCCCAUCCUGCCGGUGAUCACGGUAAACAGCUGCGACGAGGCGAUCAGCCUCAUCAACUCGAAGGAGAAGCCCUUGGCGCUCUACAUCUUCGCGCCGGCGCCCGUGGUCGACCACGUCAUCGCCAGCACGUCCAGUGGUGCAGUGCUGGUGGGCGACACCAGCGUGCACAAGGGGAACCCGGGCCUGCCCUUUGGAGGGAUUGGCGGUUCGGGCACUGGGCGCUUGCAUGGCAUUUAUGGCUUUGAGGAGUUCUCCAACAUGAGAUCAGUGAUGCAUCGGCCUCUGGCGGUGCCCUCGGCGAUGCGCCUGCCGGUGGACACGGCCCUGGCGAAGGCCGCCUGGAUGUACUCUGGCUUACAUCCUCGCACGCUGAGAAGAGUCAGCCAAGUCGGCAGACUCUUCAUGCUCCUCCUCGUGCUCUUUGUCUUUCGUCGCAUCUUGCGCUGGAGAAGAUGA